AGCUUUGUUAGUUUUAAUAAAAAAAAAAAAAACUCUCAAAACGUGAUGACGCAACGGAGUGCGUGUGACGCGUGACGUCAGGGACCCGGAAGGAAGUUUGCUGUCUUGUUGUUACAGUAGCUCCUCAGGUAAAGAGACAGAAAAAAACGUUUACAGUCGCUGCUCUUUGUUUAUUUGUUUUUGUUUGUUUGUUUAUUGUCUCUGAGCGUCGCCAUCAUGAACGUGACGCUCGCGGUGAAGCAGUACAUCUCCAAGAUGAUCGAGAUCAGCGGGCCCGGGAUGAAGGUGCUGCUCAUGGACAAGGAGACGACCAGUAUAGUGAGCGUGGUGUACACUCAGUCUGAGAUCCUGCAGAAGGAGGUUUACUUGUUUGAGCGGAUUGAUUCUCAGAACAGAGACUGCAUGAAGCACCUGAAGGCCAUCUGCUUCCUGCGGCCCACCAAGGAGAAUGUGGCGCAUCUGAUCCAGGAGCUGAGGAGGCCGAAGUACAGCGUCUACUUCAUCUACUUUAGCAACGUGAUCAGUAAGAGUGAGAUCAAAGCCUUGGCUGAGGCUGAUGAACAGGAAGUGGUGGCUGAAGUCCAGGAGUUCUAUGGAGACUUCAUCGCUGUGAAUCCUCACCUGUUUUCCCUAAACCUGCAGGGAGUCGCUCGGGGGCGGAGCUGGGAGCCCUCCAUGUUGAUGCGUUGUACUCAGGGUCUGACCUCCGUCCUGCUUGCUCUUAAGAAAUGUCCAGUGAUCCGCUACCAGCUGUCCUCUGACAUGUCCAAACGGCUUGCAGAGAGUGUCAAGCAAAUCAUCACAAAGGAGUAUGAGCUGUUCGACUUCAGGAAGACCGAAGUUCCUCCUCUGCUGUUAAUCCUUGACCGCAGCGAUGAUGCCAUCACACCGCUGCUCAAUCAGUGGACGUACCAGGCGAUGGUCCAUGAGCUGCUCGGCCUCAACAACAACAGGAUCGACCUAUCAAGAGUCCCCGGGAUCAGCAAAGACCUGAGAGAGGUGGUCCUGUCAGCCGAGAACGACGAGUUCUACGCCAAUAACCUGUACCUGAAUUUCGGAGAGAUCGGCACCAACAUAAAGAACCUGAUGGAGGAUUUCCAGAAGAAAAAACCAAAAGGACAACAGAAGCUGGAGUCCAUCUCAGACAUGAAGGCAUUUGUUGAUAACUACCCCCAGUUUAAGAAGAUGUCGGGGACCGUGUCCAAACACGUGACGGUGGUGGGCGAGCUGUCCCGUCUGGUGUCGGAGCGGCAGUUGAUGGAGGUGUCGGAGGUGGAGCAGGAGUUGGCCUGUCAGAACGACCACUCCAAUGCUCAGCAGAAUGUCCGGCGACUGCUGCAGAAUCCUCGGGUGUCCGAACUGGACGCCGUCCGCCUCGUCAUGCUCUACGCUCUGCGGUAUGAGCGCCACAGCAGUAGCAUCCUUUCAUCUCUGAUGGAUGAGCUGAGCAGGAGAGGAGUGUCUGAACGCCACCGCAGGAUGGUGCAGGCUGUGGUUGAGUAUGGAGGAAAGAGAGUCAGAGGAAGUGACCUCAUCACACCCACAGAUGCGGUCGCCAUCACCAAACAGUUCUUCAAAGGACUAAAGGGUGUGGAGAAUGUGUACGCUCAGCAUCAGCCUCUGCUUCACGACACUCUGGAUCAGCUGAUCAAAGGUCGACUCAAAGACAGUCAGUUCCCGUACCUGGGAGCCAGCAGCCUCAGAGACAGGCCUCAGGACAUCCUGGUGUUUGUGAUAGGUGGGGCCACAUAUGAAGAAGCUCUGACUGUUUACAACCUGAACCGCAGCACGCCUGGAGUACGAAUCGUCCUGGGAGGAAGCACCAUCCACAAUACCAAGAGUUUCCUGGAGGAAGUAAUGUCAGCGACAGGUCACAGCAGCACUGACAGAACACAUGGAGGCGGUCGCCAUGGCAGCAGGCGCUGAACACAAAGACUCGCUCUUCUUCUUCUUCAGCACUUUUGUGAUGAGCAGCAUCAUUCCCUCUGUCUGUGUGUGUGUUUAAAGGAAAAGUUCAACAUUUCUGUGAAUCAUCUGGAUAUUGUUUCUUUUCCGAAUAUUAGAAACAUCGCUGAUCAAUAACCAUAACUGACAGACGACUUCACAACUGCUCAGUAUACAGAUGAGCCUUUUUGAUCCGGGCUGUUCGAACCAGCUUCACUAAAAUCUGACACUACAGAGUAUGACGAUUCAAUCUGAGGCUUUAGUGUCACCUUCAAAAUCAAAAUAAAAGAAAUGCAUAAAAGAACAUAGUUGUCUUUUAUCCAGGAAGUGUGACCAUAUAGCUCAUCCUGAACCCAACACAUUAUACUGUUACAGCCCACAAACCAAUAAAAUAUCCUCACAGUAAACCUAAAUAAACUAUGAACCUCUGUACCACUACGACAGUGGAUCAGGGCCAGUGAAAGUAAACAAAAUAAAAAUGAGGCUGUGGGAGGGAGGUCAGAAUUGAGAGUAAAAAAACUCUGGAUCAUAUCAUGAGGGCUGACACACCACAAGCUGCUUUUCCCUCCAAAGCCUGGACUAACAACACUGCUCUCUAUGUGCAGCCAGCUGUCAAACAAGUGAUCAGGGACCGUUUAUAAUGUACAGAACGGAAAAAAAAAAAUCCCCAUACAUGCAUGUUCAGUAACAGUUUUGUUCUCAUACAGUGUUUCUUUAGUAUUUUAACUUCAGUAGCCCUAAUACACUGUGGUAACCCCACUGUUUUACUUUGAUAUAAAUAUCAACUGGUUUUUACAGUUUGGUUCAGAAAGGCUUUAAAAGAAAGGUUCAGAAGUUUGGAGCCUCGUUUAAACCAUCGGUCUGUAACACUGUUGGCUUUGUGCCAGUGAAUUGAGUGGAAUGUCCCUUUAAAGUGUCCGUGUGGCUGAAUGUGAUUGUUUUAACUUAAAAAGCACCAAUAAAGCAAAUGUGUUCACAUAAAGCGGCGCUUCUUUGCAGGGAUGAAAAACAUGCUGGAUACGAAUCAUCAGUGUCUAUUUAGUUCGAGAUCUCAAUUGUUUGGUAGAGACUCAGAGCAGAGCCACUCCUCCAAAUCAAAAGGAGCCAGUCGAGGUGGAUCAGGCGUUUGACCAGGACGCCUCCUUAGCACCUCUUAGGUAAGGUGUUUUGUGCAUGUCCUACUGAGAGGAGGCCCAGGACACAGUCAGGAGAUGCUGCAGGAAAACAAAACAGCAAAUAUGGGAAUGCAAUAGUGUCCCUCCAGAUGAGGAGGUGGUUAGGGAGAGGUAUAUUUUUACUAUAUUGUAGCUAAAGCUACCCAACAGUAUGUAAGUCAUUAAAACCAUCUCCAGCUGCAACAUGAAUACAUUAAUGAAUCAACUAUGAUCCAGUAAUGUCAUGAAUAUAAUUCUGCACGAUGAACACUUUUACUUUAGUUAAAGUAUAUUUCACAGCUAUUGUUUAAGUGAGAUUAAAUAUUAUUCAGCCUUU